AUGUCAACUCCCAAUAGCACUGCGCCUGCAACCGUUCAUAUGCCCCCUACGGUUACGUCAAGUCCGAACUCCGCCCUCGUCAAUCGCAUCGAGCUCUUCGCCGCCCGUGCGCCGGACUGGUACGUCGCUCCGUUUUGCGGGGCCAGCGCAGGUGUGGCAUCGGGGAUUGUGACUUGUCCGCUCGAUGUGAUCAAGACGAAGCUUCAGGCGCAGGGGGGCUUCGUGCGGCGGGGGAAGAUGGUGGAGGCGAAGACAUUGUAUCGGGGAAUGCUGGGCACGGGGAGGGUUAUCUGGCGUGAAGAUGGUAUUCGAGGCCUCUAUCAAGGCUUAGGGCCAAUGCUUCUAGGAUAUUUGCCGACAUGGGCGGUAUACCUAGCAGUUUAUGACCGAUCACGAGAAUACUACUAUGAGACUACUGGUAGUUGGUGGCUAUCGCGAGGAUAUGCUUCUAUAACAGCGGGUGCCUGUUCUACCAUUGCCACUAACCCAAUAUGGGUGAUCAAGACACGGUUGAUGUCCCAGAGCUUAAGGUCCACGACCGAAGGUUUCCGAGCUCCCUGGCAAUACAGCGGGACCUGGGAUGCUGCCAGGAAGAUGUAUAAAACCGAGGGUAUUCUUUCCUUCUAUUCAGGCCUUACGCCAGCGCUACUGGGUCUGGCGCACGUUGCCAUCCAGUUCCCUCUUUAUGAAUACCUGAAAAUGGCUUUCACCGGCUACAGCAUCGGAGAACAUCCCGAUAAUGGGAGUUCUCAUUGGAUUGGGAUAAGUUGCGCAACAUUUUUGAGUAAAAUCUGUGCCAGCACUGUGACAUACCCACACGAAGUUUUACGGACAAGACUUCAAACACAACAAAGAACCCCGCCAUCCCCUUCACCCGAGGAGAUUGCCUUUCGGGGUGGACUGGGUGGCAUGGACCGCGGCCGUGGCGCCGGUGCGUCUUCAUCAGACGGCAUGCCCAAUAGACCUCGCUAUUCUGGAAUCGUCCGUACAUGCCAGACGAUCCUGCAAGAAGAAGGCUGGCGGGCGUUCUACUCCGGGAUUGGAACCAAUCUAUUUCGAGCUGUUCCCGCUGCCAUGACUACCAUGCUCACAUAUGAGUAUCUCCGAAAGCUCUUCGGGCACUUAAAGCAUGAAGGAGAGUUGAAGCUCAGACUGGAGGAGGAAAAAGACUCCACAGGCACAAUAUAG